GCUACUGAUUUCGUUCUGAGCACAGGGCAGGUAAGACACGCGGGAGAGAACAUAACUAGGAAGAGUGAACACCUAUUUUAGGUGCUCAGCGCAUACCAAGCGGCGAUGCAACAGAUUUGUGCAGGUUUUUAGGUGGAAUAUUUUUGUGCAUUUAUUGGAUCCAUUUUUGGAGGGGAAUGGCAUGUCUUAUGGCGGCAUUUUCUGUAAAUAACGCCACUGUCACUAACUCCAUCCUAAUGAACACCAAUGGGCCUCCUGAUCUGAUGCUGGACCCCAGGACUGUAUGUGUAUCUCUUGAUGAAGUGGUAUCCAAUCAUUUGAGCAGUCAACAUACUCCAUUAUUAAAUGGGCAUCUCAAGAAAGUGGAGAACAGUCUAACUGAAGCCCAACGUUUUUCCUACCUGCCACAUCGACCAGCAGUUAACAUUGAAUUCAAAGAUGUCAGCUACUCAGUUCCAGAGGGACCAUGGUGGAGAAAGAAAGGUUACAAGACUCUGCUGAAAGGGAUCUCUGGAAAAUUCACCAGCGGCUGCCUGGUGGCCAUCAUGGGUCCCUCAGGAGCUGGGAAAUCUACGCUGAUGAACAUUCUGGCCGGCUACAGAGAGACAGGGAUGAAGGGGGAGAUCUUGAUCAAUGGGCAGCCUCGUGACCUACGCUCUUUCAGGAAGGUCUCGUGCUACAUCAUGCAGGACGACAUGCUUCUGCCUCACCUCACAGUACAGGAAGCCAUGAUGGUGUCUGCUAAUCUGAAGCUCCAGGAAAAGGAUGAGGGCAAGAGAGACAUGGUGAGGGAGAUCCUGACGGCCCUGGGCCUGCUUGAGUGUGCGAAAACCCGAACGUCACAUCUAUCAGGGGGGCAGAGGAAAAGGCUGGCCAUCGCCCUGGAGCUUGUCAACAACCCUCCCGUCAUGUUUUUUGACGAACCCACCAGUGGCCUGGACAGUUCCUCCUGCUUCCAGGUGUUGUCUCUGCUGAAGGCCCUGGCCAAUGGUGGCCGCACCGUCAUCUGCACCAUCCACCAGCCCAGCGCCAAGCUCUUUGAGCUCUUCAACAAGCUGUAUGUCCUUAGUCAGGGCCAGUGUAUCUACAGAGGGAAUGUACCUAACCUGGUCCCCCAUCUUAGAGAGCUGGGGCUCAACUGCCCAACGUACCACAACCCUGCAGACUUUGUGAUGGAGGUGGCGUCUGGGGAGUACGGAGAUCAGACGGCGCGUCUGGUGAAGGCCGUGCAGGAGAGGAAAUGUGAGCAGGUCUACAAGACAGACAUGAACAAUGGACCCCUCAAUCCCUUCCUGUGGCACAAAUCGUCUGAGGAGGACUCCUCUUCCAGUGAGGGCUGCCACAGUUUCUCGGCCAGUUGUCUGACUCAGUUCUGCAUCCUGUUCAAAAGGACGUUUCAAAGCAUUAUUAGAGAUACGGUGCUGACUCACCUAAGAAUCUGCUCUCACAUUGGAAUUGGGAUUCUGAUUGGCCUGCUCUACCUGGGCAUCGGCAACGACGCCAAGAAAGUGCUCAGCAACUCUGGCUUCCUCUUCUUCUCCAUGCUCUUCCUCAUGUUUGCUGCUCUAAUGCCUACUGUUCUGACCUUCCCUUUAGAGAUGGGAGUUUUCCUAAGAGAGCACUUGAACUACUGGUACAGUCUGAAGGCCUACUAUCUGGCCAAGACUAUGGCGGACCUCCCCUUCCAGAUAGUGUUCCCAGUCGCCUACUGCAGCAUCGUCUACUGGAUGACGUCCCAGCCACCUGACGCUGUGCGUUUCAUCCUUUUCUUAGCCCUGGGAGUCCUCACCUCUCUUGUGGCUCAGUCUCUGGGCCUGCUGAUAGGAGCGGCUUCCACCUCUCUACAGGUUGCCACGUUUGUAGGUCCGGUGACUGCCAUACCUGUACUGCUUUUCUCUGGCUUCUUCGUCAGUUUCGACACAAUUCCGUGGUAUCUUCAGUGGAUGUCAUACAUUUCAUAUGUCAGGUAUGGCUUUGAAGGUGUCAUCCUCUCCAUCUAUGGCCUGGACCGGGAGGACCUCCACUGCAACAAGGAUGAAACAUGCCAUUUCCAGAAGUCGGAGGCCAUCUUGAAAGAGCUUGACGUGGAAGAUGCCAAACUGUAUCUUGACUUCAUAGUGCUCGGCAUGUUCUUUGUGAGCCUCCGCCUCCUCGCAUACUUUGUGCUGCGCUAUAAGAUCAGUGCAGAGAGGUAGACUGGAGAGUGGGGGUAGGGGGAAGAAGGCCUAGAUCGCUUGCAUGCUGGAAUACCGCUUCUGGAGACCUCCAGGCAGUGACCAGAAACACACCAUGCACACUGCAGGAAUUAUGGGUACACUAUGUGGCGGUGGCACGAAGGGGCUGGAUUUUGACACUUGACUGGCCAAUCAGAACAUUCUCCAUGGCUAAAUAUGUGGUUGCUUUACAGUCUUUUAUGUUUUGCAUUGUCAUCAACGCCAAUUUGAAUGUCAGUCCGCUAUAGCCUAGUUUGUUAAAUAGCCUAUAGAACCAAACUAACUAAAUGUAGGCCUACCCAUCUUUCCUAAAUAUAUUGAACAUGUUGGCAGGCCACAUUGCUCUAUGUAAUUGCAUUGCUUCAAUAUGGAAAUAUAUUAUUAAACAUAGCAUUCACACUGAUAUGAGCUAGGCCUACUGUAAAUGUCAUUAUGGCUGAGCCAUGGACAUGCCAAACGUUGUCAAUAAGCAAGAUGUAAUUCACUAUUGAUGAGGCCUAAAAAGAGUGAAUCAUUCUAAUCAAAUUCUAAUCAAAAGAAAAAGUUGUUUUAAGUAGGCUAUUCCUAAAUACAUGUUUAAAUGUUUUGUAGUAAACAAGUGUUUCAAAUGACAUCAUCAACCAAUUAGUAGACCAUUAGUAGGCAAUGUUUACUCACAAUUGGUCAAAAUCACAUUAUGCACACCGAUGAUGUCAUUGGAAACACUUAUCUUCCUCUAUCUUUUUUUUUACAACAAAACAUAGAAACUCACCAUUUUCACAUGUUGAUGUUGGGGUGAUGAUGAAUAUGAAGUUGGAAAAAAUGCUUAAAGUUUCCCUUUAAGGGUAGACUGCAGGAUGGCUUGGUUUGUCAUAUGAAAUGGAAUCAUAUGAAACGGAAAACAAGCAGGAAAAUAAGUUAUAAAGGGUCACCAGCAUUAUCUCAUCUCUCCUUUCAUGAUGGGCAUAUGGACACAAGUAGCCUGCGUGGAGGGUUUUUUACGCACGUCCAAAACGGGAGCUGGCUAAAAUAACAUGCAUAUAUAUUAUAUUAUAUUAUAUAAGGGGAUGUCCACUUACUGUUUUUUCUAUUUUUCUGCUCCCAAACUUUCAUUUUUAAUUAAGCUUUGUUGGUUAAGAUGUAUUUCAAAGCGGUCUCACUAGCGAAACCCUUUAUUGUUAGGCUUGGCUACUUGGCGAACGCAUUGGGCAGGACAAAACAACUGUCUUCAUUGAGAGGAAGGGAGGAUUAUGCACAAUUUUUAAUCAAAUGAAACCAAAUGAGAAAACAUAUCCUCUCUUCUUCCAUGAGUAUAAGGGUCACAGCUGGAUAGGUUGCGCUUCAGCUCACAAAAUCCUUGCCAUUACCAACCGCAAAGACCGGCUUUUCAUUGGUCUUAAGUCUCCCGAUAUGCGCUGCAUGAAAUUGUCACUUUUGAACUUGUUUUCAAGGGCACAGAAAUGAUAUGACCUCAUGGCAUCUUGUCAAUAUACAUGGCUUUCAUUUGUUUACCAUAGUGAGAGGAACAUGCACUGGCCACAUGUGUAAACCUCAAAAAUAUUGGAAUGAAUAGCAAAGUGAAUGCAUUAAAGGGAUAGUUCACCCAAAUUACAAAAUUACAUUGGUUUUCUUACCCUGUAAGUAGUCUAUGGACAAGUUAAGACAGCAAUCCAUGCUUUGGUUUUGUUUAUUUGACCACUGUCUCCAAAUGCUAACUUUUUAGCAUUCAUGUCAUAAUUACAAUAUGUCGUUAGUGUGAACUAUCCCUUUAAGUUGUGAAUUAGGCAUUAAAACGAUAUACAGGUUGCAUAACAUGACAGCAGAACUGCAAGAAACAAAUUAAGCUGCUUAAUCUCUUUAGUGGUUUACUUAUAUGGCCUGAAAAAUAUACUUUAUAUGUUUUUAAUUAAAUAUCAGACAAUUUCAUACUGCCUUUGACAACCUAAGAUUAUAUUCUCAUCAUCUGUAAGGUUCUACUGACAACAGGGUUGGGGUCAAUUUAUCAUUGAAUUGGAAUUUGAGUUAACUUCCCGAAUUGACCGACUUCAUUUCGAAUUGACCCCAAACCUGACAGACAAAUACUCCGCUGGACAUAGUCAUGGUUACAACACACCAUCCAUAUGCAUUAAAACAUAUGGAACCAGCUGCACAUUGGAACUAAUAAUGUUGAUUCAAUUGCACGUCAAUAUUGAUUAUCAAGUCUAUAUUCAAUUCCAUAAUUACUUCACAUCAAGAAUCAUGUACAUUUUCUGAAAAGUGUUGGCCUAGAAAGUAUGAUGAAUUUUUUAAAACUUGAAAACAAAUUACACACUUUACAUAAAGAGAUACUGCAAAUAUCAAUGCAAAACCUUUUGCAAAACAUGAUAAUAUGCUUUUGUAGAUUGGUAUGUUUUUGUCAUUACUUUAUUUUGUGUUGCAAUAUUUCACACACAGAGGUUGAAACUCUAAUAAAACACUGCAGAGGAAAGGUUGCAUGUUACACUAUUUCAAAGCUAUGUUUUAAUGGCAGUGUUAUGAACAUGUUUUCAGUACAUAGGAUAGUAUUAUUAAAUAUGUUUAAUUGGCUUGCUGGGGAGGAGGCUUUAAAAGUUUAAUGUUUAGACAAACCCCACUCUGAAGUUCUGAACUCAUUGGAACAGCUUUCUAUCAAGAAUGUGGGGCAUUACCAAAUUAUUUUUUUGUACAUUGGUUUGUUUUUCCGAUUGUUUAGCUUUUCCUCCGUUGAAUCCUCUUUAUAUCUACACGAUACACUGAUUAUACAAAACAUUAAGAACACCCACCUAAUAUUGAGUUGCACCUCCUCCCUUUCUUCCUCAGAACAGCCUCAAUUUGUUGAGCCAUGGACUCUAAUGUAUCAAAGCUUAAAAAUCCUUCUUUAACCUGUCUCCUCCCCUUCGUCUACAUUGAUUGAAGUGGAUUGAACAAGUGACAUCAAUAAGGGAUCAUAGGUCAGUCUGUCAUGGAAGGAGCAGGUGUCCUUAAUGUUUUGUAUACUCAGUGUAGAUUACCUCAUGGUAAACUGCAGACCCUUUUAUCUACCAAAAUAAUCUACAUCCCGCUCCAUAAUGUUUUGUAGGUCGAUUCUUGCAUCAAACUAAAGCUGUAUUUGAAUAAUGUUUUAUUUUCAAGUGUUGAGAUACUCAGUUUAUAGCUCAUAUUUUCUGCAACGUGUGAACUGUUACGUACUGACAUUGUAGAUGAAUGAAAUUAAUAAAGUUGCAAUAUUUUUCA